AUGGAGAACCGGACUCGGGUCCGGUGUCCGGAGAAUGAAGAACUUGCGUCGUUCAUGUGGAACAAGUGGAAAGACAUGGCUGCACAACCGAAAGGUCUUUCCGAAAACAUGGAAAUGACACUUUCUAAAGCUCAUUUCAAUGUCUGUAACUCCAAAACCCCUAUUCUAACGAUUAAAGAUUUUUCUCUUAUUAAGGGUGUGGGGAAAAUGAUAUUGAGGCUGAUGCAGGGUUAUUUUGGAACCGGUUCCGGAGGUUCUGAACCAGGGACCGGUUCUGGAGGUACUGAACCAGCUGACUUGACCAAAAAGGGAAAUAAAACUAAAGGAACAAGGCGCUAUAUGCCUCAAAGGAACUCUGUGGCAUAUGCACUAUUGAUAACCCUUUACAGGGGAACUUCAAAUGGGAAUGAAUUUAUGCGUAAACAGGAGCUUAUCGAUGCUGCUGAAGCCAGUGGGUUAUCUCGAGCACCAAUUGCGCCAGAAAAAGGGAAAGGAAAACCUGGACAUUUUGGAAGUUCUCCACAGGAAUGGUACAGUGGAUGGAGCUGCAUGAAGACAUUGGUUUCUAAAGGAUUAGUUGUAAAAUCAAGUUGCCCAGCAAAGUAUAUGCUAACUCAAGAAGGUAAGGAAGCCGCAUGUGACUGUCUUAAAAGAUCUGGAAUGGCGGAAUCUUUGGACAAGUCGGCUUCUGUUGAAAUUUCUAUUCAUAUGGAUAAACAAAACUCAUUAGAUAUGGAAGUCAAUGCUUAUGAUCUGGAAUCAGAAGUGACAUCGCCAUUGAACCAGCAAAAGAAACCAAUUAAUGUUCCUUUUGAUUCCCUUGAGAGGUUUACAAAUAUGGGUUACUCCAAGGAGCAAGUUAUCAGUGCUUUUGAGCAUGAAUCCAGUAGCCAUCCAAAUAAAGAUGUCUCAUCUCUGUGGCCGGCUGUUUUAUGUCAUCUUCGGGAGGAGCAAGUCUAUGGUUCACAGCCAGAGCCUCAAAUAAUGACCAGUGCUAGUAAUGUUGUAAAUGGUCCUAGAGUCUCCGUUAGAAAAGAGAACAGAACUGUGAGUUCAUCCUCUGGUGGGCAUGUGGCAAACUUAUGUUCUCCCGAUAUUCCAACUUUUCCCAUGAGAGCUUGUUCAUCCACUGAUCAUACUACGCAAAAGCCAAACAAGGAUGAGCUUGAAUCAAAGAUGAACAUUUUAAGUAUGCCGCCUUUGAGCUUGGGGGAAAGAUUUGAGGAUGCUUAUGAAGUAGUUUUAAUAUUGGAUGACCGGGAGCAGUUUGCUACACAGGGAUCGCGAUCUAGAAAAAUUAUUGAUAAUAUACGCAGCCACUUCAAAAUCAAAAUAGAGGUUCGGCGAUUGCCCGUUGGAGAUGGGAUUUGGAUAGCGCGCCACAAAAAUCUUGGCAGUGAAUAUGUGUUGGAUUUUAUUGUUGAGAGGAAGAAAAUUGAUGAUUUGCGUAGUUCAAUUAGGGAUAACCGCUACAAGGAUCAGAAGCUAAGACUUGUGAGGUGUGGGCUGAGGAAGCUGAUAUAUCUCGUUGAAGGUGAUCCAAAUUCUUCUGAAGCCGCUGAAAGUAUAAAAACAGCCUGUUUUACAACAGAGGUUCUGGAGGGAUUCGAUGUACAGAGAACAACUAGCCUAGGUGAUACCCUAAGGAAAAGGUGUCAAGACCUCGAAAAAAUGACAGUUAGUGAUGUAUUUGCCACCCAGCUUAUGCAGGUUCCACAGGUUACCGAGGAGAUUGCCUUGGCUGUGUUGGAUUUGUAUCCCACACUUUUGUCUCUUGCUCGCGCCUACUCACUACUUGAUGGGGAUUCUUGCGCCCAAGAGCAGAUGCUUCAAAGACAAAGUAAUAAUGUGAUCAAUGCAGCUGCUAGUAGGAAUAUUUUCCAGCUUGUUUGGGGAAGCUGA